AUGGCGGUGUUCCAUGCAGACGUAGCCCACCGCCGGAGACGCGGCCUCAUGGACAGACUUAUCGUUUUGGCGAUUCAUUGCAUGCACGUCUUCGUGACACUGUGCGACGCGGCGUUCCGGGUUUACUCGGUGGCUCGGACGCGCAAGGCGUCCGAACCACCGAGGAGGCUGCUACUUGCGCUUGUUGCUUUGUCUUGCAUUUGCACGAUAUUCAUGCAGGUUGUGGCGGGCCCACAUCUACACUUCUUCAACGCUGUGGCAAGCUGGCCGGGUUCUGUACGUGACAGUCGAAUAUUUGUUAACUCUCGUUUACGAGUUCUUUAUGAAGAGCUCAGAGUGCCAGGAGUUCUUCUGGGAGACAUGGUUUAUGCCUGUUUCCCAUUCCUAAUGGCGCCUCUUGCAGACCCAGGUACAGAAGACACACCAGAACGAAGGUACAAGGCGCGAAUCAAGACGCGGAACUCAGUUGAACGGGCUUUCGGAGUUUGGAAACGACGGUUCCCAUGUUUGGACAUGAAAUUGCAGCACAAGCCAGAGAGAGCUGCACGCGUCAUUACUGCUUGUGCUGCCCUACAUAAUUUGGUAUUGUCACGAGGAGAACCGGAGCCGCUAGACACGCCAGCACUUCGUGCCUCAACCAUUCGAUGCAGGCGCAUGGGGCGAAACACAUGUGAAGAACAUUUGCCACCUGUUAAAAGUCUCGGAGUCAAUCUGUCCGGUAUGCGAGCACGGCAGCAACUCAUUGGGAGAAGCUUUUCUUGA